AUGCCAGACCGCCCGAACACAUCUUCCUCCACCUCCUCCGAGGAGCCACUAAAUGCUGAACCAGUACCCAACUGGGACGACCGCAGCCCCCUUUUCAGCAUCCGGCUAUGCGUAGACAACAUGUCGAGCUUUCCUAGUUUAGAAGCCGAUGUAAAGUCGAUGUUCUAUCCAGAGGCUCCAUAUCCAAGCAUGAUUGAAGUCCAAAAAUGGCAACAUGGGCCAAUGUUUGGCGUUGUUUUAACGUGGGACGGAGCUCGAUUCAAUAAUGAACCACUUAAACCCAGAGUCGUUUGGAACCUUGCUGUGCAGCAUAUGGGGGACUUUGAUAUUGUGGAGUGA